AUGUUUCCUCAAACAUCCAGGAGUAGCGGUGAGGACUCUCAUUCAGAAGCCGAGUCCCACGAACAAUUACUUGACAAAGAGUCUUCAUAUCCAGACUAUAAUCAUAGUCGAAUAAAAAGACUAAGAUCUUGGACUCAUAUUUUCCUCCUAAGUUCUGUUUCCAUAAUAGCUAUUCUCUCGUCAUUCGUGACAGGAGCUUGGUAUGGAAGUCAUAAGCUCGGCCCAACUGGUCAAGACUACCUCCAACAUGUCCAACAUUACUCUCCUAUUCUAAAAGAAGUUGACACAUCACUCCAUCCGGUACUGUUCAAUGGUUCGUUUAUGAAAGAAAAUGAUUUUCGAAAAGGAGCAGGGAUUGAAGUUGAUGCUGCCUGGGCUUCCCUGGGAGUUCAUUAUAGAAGCAUAGCUAUUCCGGUAUCCGAAGCACCCGCAUCGGGACUGACCAAAUCACAUGUACAGAUUGCCUCCAAAUAUGGUGGAGGCUUCCCUGCAAAUGUUGAAGGACUUCACCAUCUUCACUGCUUGAAUUUAGUCAGGCAAAGUCUAUACUUUAACUAUGAUUACUACCACUCAAAAGGCGAAGGCGCUUUCGUGAACGAAGACAAUAUCGUUCGCUAUCAUGUAACUCACUGUCUCGACAUUGUGAGGCAGCAAUUAAUGUGUAUGCCCGACACUGGAGUCCUUGGGCAAAUUUGGUGGGACAAGAAAGCUCCGAAGGCUUUUGUGGACUUCAAUACUGAGCAUAAAUGCAAGAAUUAUGAGGCAAUCAGGGAAUGGGCGAAGGAGAGACAGAUACCGGAAACUGUACCCGUGGACUUUUUGAUGCCACCAGAGUCAAUUGAGGAUGUGAUGGAUGAAAUUCCAUGA